AUGCCUUUACAACUUUUUCCAUCGGCAGUCUUAUCGUGGCUGUCAAAGUGUCGAGUUAAAUUAAAAUUUUUGAAAUUUCUUUUGCAGAUCUUCCAUUUACGUGAUAUUUGUUGGGAACGAUCUCAAUUUUUGUCAAAGAGUUUUCUUGGAUUUUUAGCAUUUAAUUUACUUCCAUACAGUUUGUUUGGUGCUGAGAUUAUUUCGUCUUUAUUAUUUUCGCAUGAUCGCAAGGACUACACGUGGUUCUUCAGCGGAUGUUAUGCCGCAUUGCUACUUAUCGUCGUUGUGUUCUUUUUAAUUUAUGGAGUAGAAGUAUUUUUUAAGGUUCGUGGUGGUUUCGUCUACGACUACGGAAAUGUGCCAACGGUGCGUCAAACGGUCAAUGCAUCGCAGCUGCAUCAAUCCCGCUUCGGCCUGCUCAUCCAAGCGAUAAUGAUGAUUCUCGUCGUGGGCUUUCUGGCAUCCGAGACUCUUGGUGACUUUUGGAAGACCAAAGUUCCCGUGCAAUCGCGCAACUGGUAUGACAUUUUGUUCCGCCUGCUCGAAGUUGGCGUCGCUCUCUGGUUCCCGUGUUGCUUGUGGAACAGCAUGGCACCCGAACAAUUGUGGAUUUUGAAUCCGCGAAAACUGUUGACGCGACAAAUUGAUCCGUCGGUGCCGAGUACGUCGAGUGCUGGAGCUGCGGGCCCCUUGAACGAGGAGGGCGACUCAUUUAUCGCCACGAAAAAAGACUGUUGGAUCUGUUAUGACACGGAUAAGAAUGAAUUGCUGAUACAACCGUGCAAAUGUACGGGCGACGUAUCGUGCGUGCAUCAGGAGUGCUUGCGACGCUGGUUGUGGGAAAAAGUAAAGGAAACGGAUGGCGACACGGAAAAACAGCUGAAUUGUCAGGUGUGUGGUUCGCCGUACGAGAUCGAAAAAACGAAUCGCGUGUACUGGGAUCGUGGCUUUACGAUCCAACAUUGGGCCAGGACGUUCAUCUACAUCAGCCUGAUGUGCAUCACGGGCGUCAUUAUGUGGGUCAUCAUUACGCUGUACACGCAGCCCAUUAUUCGCGUGCUUACUGUCGGCUUUGGCGUCAUCAUUGGAUACGUUUUCUUCAAGUUGCUCGGCGAAACGACAGUCAAUGCAUAUCAACGUGCCAAAGUUAGCUCAAUCAAUAUCGUUCCGACCGUUUCGACAUCUGAGACGGAACACCUGCAUACAAUCUCACAGAAUGUGCAACCAGUGCACUAAGCAGCGCUGCGGAAAAAAUGAGAGAAAAAUAUUUAAUAAGCAACUAUAUUGUGUUAAGUGUGUCAAUUUUGAAAUUAUUAUCUCUCGUAAACGGAGAUAAGCAGUAAAUUUACGCAAAAAGUGAUACAAGAACCUACAUGGACUCUACUCUAAGUGAUAUUGCGACAUAAAAAUAUGUAUGUUAAUCAAAAAAAUUUGCUUUAUGAAAAGUGAUAAGAUACGUAAUUGUGGAGACACAUUCAAAAUUCAACAGCAAUUAAUGCAAAAAUUUCGUCCGACAAGAAAGUCACUCUUGAGAUUUGCACGAAGAUCAACCUUAAACACCAUAUUCUUUCAUUAUCGUUAUUUUUCUGUUUUGUUUUUGAAUUAUUAUCAAUUAUUACCUUUAUGUUACGAGUACUAAAAUUACUAUUUCGUAAGGAAUUAAAGACGAAGUCAUGCACAAAAAAUAAAAAAAUCUUUUUUUAUAUUAAAUUCUUAAAAAAAAAAUAAAAUUUUAUGAGUGAUUUGCGUGCUUAGAAAAAAAAAAUAGGAUUUUUUAUAAAUAACACUUCUAUAACUCUUUUUAAUUUUAAGAAAAAAAAAAUAAAUUACGACGAUAAAACCUCUUUUUACACAUUUUUACUGCAGUCACGAAUCUUCUUCCCUAAAUAUUUUCGUACUAUAUUUAUAAAAGUUUUCUAAUUUAUUUUUCAUCACAAUAAAGGACUGAAAAAGAAAAGAGGUUCGAAAGAGAUCGAAGUCUCUAUGAAAAAGGCAAUAAAAAUAUCAGUUUUGAAAAAAAAAUUAAAUUUAAAUAAUUGGAAAGGAAAAAAAUAAAAAUUGAAAGAAAAAGAAGAGGAAUAAUUAAAAUAAAAAAAUAUUGGUGAUGAUUAAAAGAAAUAAUAAUAAUAAAAAAAAAGUUAAAAUUAAUUAAUGUGUGAUCCAAAAUAAUCUUAGAAAACAUAAAAUUAUAUUACUAUUAUUAUUGAUAAGUCAAAUUUAACGUUAAGGGUAAAUUUAAAAAGCAUAAAAAUAAA